AUGCAACCCAAGGCUGUGCUUGGGGUCCUCCUCAAGGACCACUUCCCUGGCAUGGUUCUUCUUGAAGGAAAGGAGGAGCGAGAGGUAGCCCGGACAUGGGCACACUACGUGGCCCAACCGGACUUUCAAGAUAGAGAGAAUGUGGUGUAUGCGAACAAAGCCGAGCGGGUGAAGGGCGAAUUUUGGCGGUUCUUCAAGCUGGCGGAAGGCAUUGAUGAUGCAACAAUUGCACGGCACUUCGAGGCAAGUGUGAAGAAGGCAUUGUCCGAGAUGUUCUAUCACGCGCGUGUCUACGCCGUGAGGAAGUACUAUGCCGAAGUGAAGAAACAGAGAUUGGACAAGGCGAAGGCUCAUCCGGAUAAAGAACGCCUCACCAGUUUCACGGCCGUUGACUGCACCCUCAAGGGAAAGGAGAGCACCGUGUCGGAAUACAGUGCGAAAGCCCCGCCCGAAGCCUACGCCACCCCGGCUGACCAUGCCAAGGUCACAGGCUACGCGGAGGUGUUUGAGGAGGUGCACGGCCUUGCCCGGGGCUGA